AUGGGUCAGCUGCCGGCCGAGCGGGUUCGCCCCACAAGACCCUUCGCAUCAGCAGGGGUGGACUACGCAGGUCCCCUGCGUAUCCGCGCGCAAAGGGGAAGAGGUCAUGCCGCCUACAAGGGCUACAUCUGUCUUUUUAUCUGCUUAGCGACCCGAGCGGUCCACCUGGAGGCCGUAUCGGACUUAUCGGCACCGGCCUUCAUUGCGGCAUUUCGCCGAUUCACUUUCCGUCGGGGUCGUUGUCGCCUGCUGCUUAGCGACAACGCGACUAACUUUCGUGGAACUGACGCUGACUUGAGGGCCAGAUUCCGUGCCGCCUCCGACUUUUACAAGGAAGCCGAAGUACUGUUGGCCAACGGCCGGACCAAAUGGAGAUUCAUCCCCCCGCAGGCUCCUUACUUCGGGGGCAUCUGGGAGGCGGGAGUCCGUUCGGUUAAGCAUCACCUGCGGCGCAUCCUUGGUGACCAUGCGUUAACCUACGAGGAGCUGUCAACGUUGUUGUGUCAAAUUGAGGCCUGCCUCAAUUCCAGACCGGUGUGCCCAUUGAGCUCAGACGCUUCGGACCUGGUGGCGCUAACGCCAGGGCACUUCUUGGUGGGCGAGGCGCUCUGCACCCUGCCGGAGACCCCGGAGAGCGAUCGUCAUCCUACAUCGCGUUGGCGAUUGAUUUCGGCCAUGAAAGAGUCAUUCUGGAAGCGGUGGCACUCGGAGUACCUGCAUCAGCUUCAGCAGCGCUCCAAAUGGACUACGGAGCAGGCCAACAUCGCCACCGGCAUGAUGGUGCUGGUAAAGGACGAGCUGCUGCCGCCGGCCAAAUGGCUACUAGGCCGGGUUACCCGGGUCUUCCCCGGACCGGACGGCUGUGUCCGCGUUGCGGAGAUUCGUACGGCAACGACGAUGCUAAGACGGCCCAUCGCUAGGAUAUGCCCCUUACCCGUGGCCGCAGAACCGAUGGCAUCGGAAUCCUAG